CCCGCCUUUUCGUGGCUCUCCGUCCCCCCUGCGGCGAGAUGUUAUGGCCCAGCCGGCGCAGAAGGGCGGCGUAGGGCAGGGCGGGCAGCAGGAGGAUGAGGCGGCGGCAGCUGCCGCCCCCAGCUAUGAGGACUACGAGUGCAAGAUCUGCUACAACUACUUCGACCAGGAGCGGCGGGCGCCCAAGCUGCUGGAGUGCCUGCACACCUUUUGCCAGGAGUGCCUGAGCCAGCUGCACCUGCGGGCCGCCCAGCAGCCUCCCGCCGCCGAGCCGGGGCCGGGGCCCAGCCGCUCUCCUGGUGGCUCCCUGGCGUGCCCGCUCUGCCGCCACCGCACGGCGCUGCCCGACCACCGCGUCAACGGCCUCCCCGUCAACACCAAGCUGGCCGCCUCCUGCCCGCCGCAGCUGCGGGCCCGCGACCCGCUGCCCCAGGACAGCCUGCCUCCGCUGCCGCCCCGCCGCCCACCCCGUGCCCGGGAGGCGGCGGCCGCCCUCGCCCCGCCGCCUCCCGCCCACGCCGGCCGGUCUGGGCCGCGCUCCUCGGGCGGCGGCUACGAGAGCUGCCAGAGCUGCAAGCGGGCGGCGCUGAGCGCCGGCUGCGUGUGCGUCGUCGUCUCCUUCCUCUCCAUGGUGGUGCUGCUCUUCACCGGCCUCAUCUUCGUCAACCAGUACGGCGGCGACGCCGGGCCCGGCGCCUCGGCCUCGCCGUCGCCGGUGGGGCCCAUCUGCCUGUCGGUGGCCAGCAUCCUCGCCCUCUUCUCCGUCGUCGUCACAUGGCUCAUCUGCUGGCUCAAGUACCGGCCAGAGGCGGCGGCGGCGGCGACUGCCAACGGCACCGCGCGGGGCCGGGCGGCGGCCGCCCGCAGGAGCGACACGUAG